GCUGUGCGCCGCAGGUGUACUGGAGUUAGACGCUUUCGCAUCAAUGACUGGAGUGAAAAUGCAGUUGGCAGUCGGUGCUGUGCUGUUAUUGCUCGCAAGUUUAACGGAUGCCAAAAUGGAAAUCAUUACUAACUCUCAGGACCUGGAGGUGGGAAAUGACCAGCUACUCCUCUGCAAAGCUGGUGCUGAGGGUGAUAUUACAUGGAGGAAGGAUGGGGAAGAUAUUGAAGAGGAUGGAGAUCACCUUGUGGUUGAAAAGGUGGAUGAGACAUCAUCCAAACUCACAAUCAAGAAAGCUACCCUCCAGGACACUGGACGUUAUACCUGCGCCUGUGAAUUUGAAUCAGGUCACAAUGAUGAAACAUCUGUCCAGAUCUAUGUUUAUGAGGGUCCGACGUUCGGCAACAUGUCCACCUACCAUGAGUUCCUGGUGGGACAGGACGCGGUGAUCCCCUGCGUUGCUACUGGCCUCCCCAGCGUGGACGUUAAGUGGUCUCCAGGACCCUCUGAUGGCCACCUGUUGCUACAGGACAACAGCCUGGUGAUCCGAAGCAUUCGGAGCGACCAGCAUGGAACCUACGUCUGCGAGGCCACCAUCAGGGGGCGACCCAUCUCCAAGCACAUCGCCGUGUCUGUCGUCAUCAAUGUACCUCCCACAGUUGCAAUUCACGAGAAGGAGAAAAGCGUCUUGGCUGGUCCCAGCAGCAACGUCACUAUAAUCUGCCUGGUCUCUGGAUUUCCCCACCCAACCAUCUCCUGGAACAGCCCCCCAUCAUCUGACGCCAGCAGAUACGUCUUUAACUCAGACAAGAGUGAGCUGGUCAUCCCGUCUGUGGUCAGGAGCGACUUUGGCGAGUACACCUGUACUGGCACCAAUAAGAUAUCAGAGAGCAGCGCCACCUUCAUGCUGGACGUCUCAGAACAUCCUAAAGUAGCCUUAAGCGUGGAUGUGUUGGACGUGGACCCUGGACAGAACGCCUCAGUGACCUGCGAGGGGUCCGGACACCCUCCUCCCAAAAUUCAGUGGGUCAAGAAGAGCACCAAUCAGGAAGUGACCUCCAGUAGCUCCCGGGUGAAGGCUGAAGGACCCACACUGGAGUUCAUGGACAUAGCGCCCUCUGAUGGUGGACUGUAUACAUGCGUGGGCAUCAAUACUGCUGGGAAUUCCAGCACAGACUUCAGCCUGCAGACCUGGCCAGGCACCCCGGACAGGGUGAGUGUGAGUCCAGGCCCCACCUCAGCACACUUCUCCCUGUAUGCGCCCCUGGUGGACGGAGGCUCUCCCAUCAUCCAGUACACCCUCCAGUGGAGGAAAGAGGGGGAGGACAGCUGGAGCCACAGAGUCAUCCAGUCUAACGAUCCUUUGGUGAUAACCUCUCUGAAGCCCUACACCUCCUACUCUGUCCGAUUUGCUGCUAAAAACCGUCUGGGGCAGGGCGGCUUCUCUCUGGAGCACAGCGUCCGAACACAAGCCAAACAAGGAGAACCCGACAGCCCAGUGCUGAAGACCAGUGAAAGCCAGGUGGAGAAGAAUUCCUUCUCCAUCCCCAUCUCUCAGCUCGACAAUGGCGGCUCCCCCAUCACUCACUACAUCAUACGCUACCGCCCUGACCAGGAUGGGAAGGACUGGCAGGAAAUGCAGCUGCUGUCAAACGCCACAGCGUUGCAGCUGUCCAACCUGCAGCACAGCACCAGCUACCAGCUGCAGGUCAUGGCUGUCAACGCCAACGGCACCUCCCGGCCUGCACAGCUCAACUUCACCAUGCCUGUGGUUCAGCCUCAGAAGACUGGCAUGGGGAAAGGAGGGGUCGUAGGCAUUGUGAUGCUGAUCUUCCUGGUGCUGCUCAUUGCUGUGGAUGCCACCUGUUGCUAUACCAACCGCUGUGGUCUGCUGAUGUUCCUGGCAGUCAAACUACUCGGUCAGAAAGCACCUGUUUCCAAAGGACUGGAGGAGGGUGAUGGGGACCUGUCCACAAUAGACGUGAAGUUGAAUGGGUUAGCAGCUCAGAGAGGGAGCAUCCCCAAACAGCAGCAGCAGAAUGGGGCGCAGUCCGAGGUCACGUGCGACAAAGCGCCCCUCACCAAAUUCGAGAAACUGCCUGCCAAUAGCGACCCUUCUACAGAGGCCUGAGUGAGAGGAAGUGACAUCAUCACAGCACAUACAGAGAAAUCCAGGAUCAUGGCGAAUUCUGUUCUUCAUGCCGAGGCCUCACUGCAGAGCACGCCAUGUCUGUGCAGAGAGCGCAGGAGAGGAACGGAAUUUAAAACAGUCGGUCAGGGGGAGAUGUGGAUGCCACAGCUGGGAGGUUCACAGGGUGGCAGCUUCAUGGGGACAGGAGGGCAGGUGCAGAUUUAACAUACAGACUGAAAGCUGUCAGUAUAACAGUGACAUACGUUAUAUAGUUUGUUUCCCUGUAAGGUAAGAAUUAGCAGACUUAUACUGAACAGAGUUUAAUAUACACAAUAAUCAGUGUGUAAAUAACUGUACAUAAAAUGUGAAAACUGAUUUUAAUGUGUAAACUGUCAAAUUCA